UGACCUCGUGGUGGGGAGAGGGAGAGAGUUAAACUGGAUUAAACGCUGCCAGCAGAAGCAGCAGCAGCAGGAGGAGGAAGAGGUGGACGAGCAAUAAACAACUUGCGACUCCUGCUGCUAGAAAUCACCCCCUCUUCCCUGGGAACGUGCAGUUCUAUUCCCAUAUUUAAAUAAAGGUUCAUUAAUUCGACUCGUCCUCUCCAUUGACCUCGUUUGACAGAGUUGCAGAGACAAGCGGGGAACGCUGCACUACAGCUGCUGUCAAUCAUGGCAGGCGACAUGAUGUUACUGAUGAGAGGCUUGGCUAAGUUGAGCCAGGCCAUUGUGGAGACUCAGAGCAGCACACUACGAAGUGGGACAGGAGUCCCAGUCGUGGGCGCUGCAGUCCAGAGUGUCCAAGCAGCUGCAGAGCAGGGCCUCGCUGCCGCCAUGAUGACAAUACAGGAGCUGUCAGGCCAGCAGCAGACCUCUUCAGCCGAGUCAGAGUUUGACUUUCCCCAGGAUGAGAGUGAAUUUGCAGCUUCAGAGUUCAAGGAGGAAGGUGUGGACUUCACAGCAGAUCAAACUGGAAGUGUUGAUGAUGCAGGAGCUUAUGGCACAGCAGCAUCAGGAACAAGCCGUGCUGGUGGGAAAGAGUCGUUGUUUGAGGGGUACAAAGAUCCCAGCAAACAGUUUAGUGGACCCAUCAGAUCUUACCACCACGAUUCCAGGCAUUUAUGGGGACAGCUAUACAGUCAGCAUCGGAUCAGUCAGAUCAGGGGCUACCAUCAGGACCCGACCACAGUCGGGGGGCUGACAGCUGAAGACAUUGAGAAAGCAAGACAGACCAAGAGAACUGAGAUCAAACCACACAAGCAGAUGCUGAGUGAGAGAGCCAGAGAGAGGAAAGUGCCGGUGACUCGGCUCAGCAGACUGGCCAACUUUGGAGGUCUAGCUGUCGGGCUGAGUAUCGGAGCUCUUGCUGAAGUUGCCAAAAAGACCAUGAGACACAAUGGUGUGGAAGACAAUAAAAAAGGUGUCCUGGACUCCAGCCCCUUCCUGUCCGAAGCAAAUGCUGAACGCAUCGUCAGAACUCUGUGCAAAGUCAGAGGAGCUGCAUUAAAACUGGGACAGAUGCUCAGUAUUCAAGAUGAUGCAUUCAUCAACCCUCAACUUGCCAAGAUCUUUGAGCGAGUUCGACAGAGUGCUGACUUCAUGCCAAUCAAACAAAUGACAAAAGCAUUGAACAGCGACCUGGGUCCAAACUGGAGAGACAAGCUGGAGUCGUUUGAGGAGCGCCCGUUCGCAGCAGCAUCCAUCGGCCAGGUUCACUUGGCCAGGAUGAAGGAUGGCAGGGAGGUGGCCAUGAAAAUACAGUACCCCGGUGUAGCUCAGAGUAUCAACAGUGAUGUCAACAACUUAAUGACAGUGCUGAGUAUGAGCAAUGCCCUGCCUGAAGGUCUGUUUCCAGAACACCUGAUAGACGUAAUGAGAAAAGAGCUGGCACUGGAGUGUGAUUAUAUCAGAGAAGCCCAGUGUGCAAGGAAAUUCAGGGAGCUUCUAAAGGACCAUCCCUUCUUCCACGUCCCUGAGGUGAUAGAUGAGCUGAGUGGCAGUCACGUCCUGACGACAGAGCUGGUCGCUGGGUUUCCCCUGGACCAGGCCGAGAGCCUUACACAGGAGCUGAAGAAUGAGAUCUGUAUGAACAUCUUGACAUUAUGCCUCAGAGAGCUGUUUGAGUUCAGGUACAUGCAGACGGAUCCAAACUGGUCCAACUUCUUCUAUGAUCCACAGACACACAGGGUGGCGCUGUUGGACUUCGGAGCCACCAGAGGAUUUGAUCAGAGUUUCACAGACGUCUACAUAGAGGUCAUCCGCUCAGCUUCAGAGGGAGACAGAGAGGGAGUUCUGAAGAAAUCUAUUGAGAUGAAAUUCCUUACCGGCUUUGAGUCCAAGGCGAUGAUAAAUGCCCAUGUAGAUGCUGUGAUGAUCCUCGGUGAGGCCUUUGCCUCCGUAGUCACCUUUGAGUUCGGCGCCCAGUCCACCACUGAGAGAAUCCACAACCUGAUCCCUGUGAUGCUCAAACAUAGGCUCACCCCACCUCCCGAAGAGACAUACUCACUGCACCGUAAGAUGGGCGGCUCGUUCCUCAUCUGCUCCAGGCUGAAUGCGAAGCUGCAGUGUAAGGACAUGUUCCAGAAUGCCUACGAUAAGUACUGGGAAGGCCGCACACCACCCUCUAAGUCAGCCUGAGUCCGUCACCAUUUGUCAGGUAGUUUGAUUGACAGAACCUGGGGCCAACGGCAAAGUACAAGUCAGCAGUGUGAAGACACGGAACCUCAAGGCCAUGUUACCCAUCCUCAAUCAGUCAUGGGGCAUUCCGUUUUGGGCAACCCCAUGCAGACACCUACACAUAUUGGCACCUAAUCAUCUUGUCCUGUAGGAAAGGGAGCAGCAUCUAUGUAUCUGGAGUGCUUCAAGGCCAAACUCUGAGAAUAUAUCCUGUCAUGGAAUGAGGGAGGCAAACCGCCUUGUGUUAAAGAGAAAAGGUGUUUUAUGAAUGUAAAAAAAGUUUGAAUUUUAACUCCUCUCGCGCUUUCAACAGGACUUUUGCAUUUGCUUCUCGUGUUUUGUACUGCUGUGUUUUGUUGAGCUUUUGCAAGAUUGCACUAACGGCGCUGUUUGAAAUUUUCCAGAAAUGUCAUGGGUAACAUCUCAGAACAGUGCUAUACUCUUUAUGUCAACUCACAAACGUGAAAUGAGCGACACCAGCAUCAACAUGUCUGGUUCACAAAUGUUUCUGUUACUGUUGCUUGUCAGGUACGUUUGACAUGAUUAUGUAGAUAUGAAAAAUAAGUCUAAAUGUAGCAGUUACUAUUUGGAUACAGAUUCAAGUGUAGAUGAUGCGAAGCAAUCAAGUUAAGGUUGAUGUAACAGUUUGUAGAAAAGGUUUCCACUUGACAUUUUUUUGGCAUUCACGCACAAAAAAGUCUGACUUAUUUGUGCAGUCUUUAUUCUGUAUGAACCUUCCAGACUUGGCCUGCUGUCUAUAGCUUUUGGACAGGAUGCUUUUUAUAAAUCGAUUCAAAUGACUAUUAAUAUGACAAUCAAAUCCAUGUGUGUUGUGUUUCUCCUGUACAGUCAGAUAACUUGUCUCUAAACAGUACCAACAGAAAUGUUAGCAUCAUGGCUGUGACAUUUAAAUUCCCUCAGAUGUAAUCCUGAUGCAGAUAUUUUAAAACACACAAGCAUGAUUUUCCUCUAUAUAACUUUAGUAGGAUUUUUUACAAACAUAGGAACAAGACUCUUUGGAUCUGCGUUACUCUUCGUAGGUGAUCCACAUGGCCAGUGCUCUAUCAUGAAUGUUAAUGAACUACAGAGGUUGAAUAAGCUCUUCCUGAUACUCCACAUGCUCAACUAAAUUGCCCCAGCGUAGUUCCACACAUCAGCCUCCUCAGGGUGUGAAAUCCUUCAUCACCUGGCGCAUGUGCACCUGUGAAAGUUCUCUCCCCUCUGCUGCGUGAAUAGAGUUCAACUGGUGCCUGGUGUGAUGUUCAAAAACAAAGAAAAGAUGGGGAAAAAAACGAGGUGCCUGUAGUUACCAGUGGAAGAUUUUUAGCUAGAAAUGUUAACUUUAUAUUUCAUAUCAAGACUUGCUGAAAAAAUGGUUUAAAUUUUCUAAAUGAAACGCAUUCUCUACUGAAAGUUGUGAUGAAGAUAUUGUAUGAAAAGAGUAAAUGUUUGAUCUAUACUUGU